AACCCUAAACCUCAAUAAGUUUUCUUCUCUAUUCUUCUUCUAACCUAAACGACGGCUGUUCACAACAUGUAGGAUUCGUGGCUGACUCAAACCACUGUUUUGGCUGUGACGGAUGAUGUGGUGUUGAACGUUAGCUCUGUUUUAGCUAUAACGAACUCAAGGAAGGGAUUGAAUGAUGUGAUCCUAUGAUUAUUACUCAAGUAUCCACAAUAAGUCAGGUUCCUUUGAAGUCUUCUUCAAUGGACACGGUUGAUUUCAAGAACAUCUGAUUUUCCCAAUGAUAAUAUAUAUGGCGAGUUCUCAAGAAUCCUGAAGCCUGGUAGUUCGGUUUUGAUGUGCACGAGUUCGGAGGGUGAAACUGUAGAACUGCAACAAGUUUUGUGAUGUGUAUUGUGUUUUUAUAACGGUAGUUUCUUUGGCCUGUUCUUGCUUUAUCUAAUGGCAUCUUCAAAAGAGAGUGACGUUGGCUGGUUUUCUGGAGCCACAAUCUCUUGAUAUGAAAUCAACUAAGUUUCCUAACUCAGCUUAUCCGCCGGGAUUAAGGCAAAGAAGCCUUCUUGGAAGAUAGGUUCACCAUUUGCUCUGAAAAAGCCUGCAAAGACUCUUGAAGGUUAAUCUAGACGAUGACUAGGAUCUUAUAGAUGAAGAUUCUCUUUUUUGGACAGAGGAAGACUUGAAGAAGCCACAACUUCCUGCAGUCCGCGGUUGUGAGACCACUAAAAAGCUUGCAAGAACUGUGUUUGUGGUAUAGCUGAGAUAGAGGAGAAAGCUGUGAAACUAGGCCUCACAGAGGAUCAAAUCGAGAAUCCACAAUCAUCAUGUGGCAGCAUAAGCUUCUUUUUAUUCAUCUCUUUCUCUUGUAUGCGUUCCACCAAAGACUGAGCAUUUCUCAAACAAUGCUUUCAGUGUGGGCUUGGUGAUGCCUUCCGAUGUGGUACAUGCCCUUACAAGGGUCUCCCACCCAUCGAAAAGGAAUAGUUAUAUGGACACGGUUCUGGAUUGCUUCACACGUCACUGGAAGUUGCCAUUUCUAAAUUCAUCAUGAUCAGUCUCUAACAAUAUAGAGUUUGAUUACUUUUUUAAAGCUGGACCCCAUCUUUUACGCUUGUCUUCCAGUUUCUAUUCACGCUUAAUUUCUUGACUCUUCCUCUCCAUUUGAAAAGUCAAGUCUUUGCUCUGUAUCUUUAUCUCUUUACGCGUCUCUACUCUUUUACGUGGUUAUGAGCCACACAUCCAAUACAAAACCUCUUUUUCUUAUCUCUUCUUCAGAUCUAAAAGCUCUGUGAUCAUUUUCUUCUUGCUGUUAUUCAUGGCUUCUUCUUCUUUAUCUCUGCCUCGCAGUUGUUUGUAUGACGUCUUCGUGAGCUUCCGUGGAGAAGACGUGCGUAAAGGCUUUCUUAGUCACCUUGUGAAAGAGCUCAAAAGCAAGAGUAUCACACAGUUCAUUGAUAACGAGAUGGAGCGAGGCGAAUUUAUCGAUGACAAUCUUGUAGGAGCAAUCAGACAAUCAAGGGUGGCCAUUGUCUUGAUCUCACCUAACUACGCUUCUUCAAGCUGGUGUUUGGAUGAGUUAGUGGAAAUCAUGAAGUGCAAGGAAGAGAAACAACAAAAAGUGAUACCCAUUUUCUACGAAGUGGAUCCAUCUGAUAUUAAGAAGCAGACCGGACACUUCGGAAAAGCCUUUGAUGAAACGUGUGUGGGAAAAACAGAAGAGGUGAAGCAGGCAUGGAGGAAAACUUUGAAGGAUGUCCCGGUUCUAGCUGGUUAUGACUCUAAAAACUGGCUAACCGAAGCCGAAAUGAUUGAAAAAAUUGUUGUAGACCUUAUGGAUGUGUUGGGUUUCACAUCAUCGACAGAUUUUGAUGACUUCGUUGGCAUGGAAUCUCGUAUCGCGGAGAUAAACUCGUUGUUGGACCAAACAGCAGGUGAUGACGUUAAGAUUUUAGGGAUUGUGGGUCCUGCUGGGAUUGGUAAGACGAGCACUGCCAGAGCUUUGUACAACCAAUUCUCUCCUGAUUUUCAGUUCAGCACGUUUAUUGAGGAUAUCAGAGGAAGUAAAGAGAUGCCUUCUCUCGGUGGCUCCUAUUACCAAUAUCAGUUGGAUUUUCAGAAACAGUUACUGUCUCGGAUUUUCAACCAAAAGGAUAUUGAGGUUCCGCACUUGAGAGUGGCUGAACAAAAGCUGAAAGACAAAAAGGUGUUGAUUGUUCUUGAUGAAGUGGAUUGCCUGUUGAAACUAGAGGCAAUGGCACACAGGCCUGACUGGUUUGGUCCCGGAAGUAUGCUUAUCAUUACAACCGAAGAUAGAAACCUUCUUAAGAAACACAAGGUCAAAUGUAUUUACGAUAUGAAACUUCCAGAUAGACUCGAGGCAUUUGAGAUCUUCUGCCAAUAUGCUUUCCAUCAGAACUCUCCAUUUAGGGGUUUUGAAGAGCUUGCUUGGGAAGUUACUAGACUUGCAGGUUUUCUUCCUCUAGGCCUGAGAAUCAUGGGAUCGUAUCUACGAGGAAUGUCCAUGGACCAGUGGAUAAAAGCAAUACCAAGGCUCAAGUCUAGCCUUGACAAAGGAAUUGAAUCAAUUUUAAUGUUUGGCUACAACGGCUUAAGUGAUGAUAAAGAUAGAGAUCUUUUUCUGUAUAUUGCAUGUUUCUUUGUUGGUUUCAAGGUUGAUCGCCUUAAAAGUUGUCUUGCAAAUUGUAAUUUGGAAGUCGACCAUGGGCUUCAAGUCUUAGAGCAGAAGAGUCUCAUAUCCACCUCAGAAUACGGAAUAGUAAAUAUGCAUAGUUUACUGCAACAAAUGGGUAGAGAAAUUGUCAAGAAAGAGUCUCUGAAGGAGCCUGGAAAGCGACAGUUCUUGUGGGAUACCAUGGAGAUUUAUGAUUUACUUGAAGAAAAUAGUGGUACUGGAACUGUUCUUGGCAUAUCGUUGAAUUCUUUAGGAAGGAGCAAGGAAAUCCAAAUAAGUGAAAGUGCUUUCGAUGGGAUGAAUAAUCUCCGGUUUCUAAAAUCCUCUACCAAUUAUGAAGUCUUAUGCACACGUGAGGGCCUCAAUUGUCUUCCCGACAAACUCAGACUUUUAGAUUGGUAUAGAUGUCCAUUGAGAUUUUGGCCUUCCAAGUUCUCUGGCAAGUUUCUUGUGGAACUAAUCAUGCGACAUAGCAAAUUUGAGAAGAUUUGGGAUGGAAUCAAACCUCUCCAAUGUCUCAAGGUGAUGGAUUUGAGUUACUCUCAGUAUCUGAAAGAGAUUCCUGAUCUCUCAAAAGCAACGAGCCUCGAGGAACUAAGUCUCAAUGGCUGCGAAAGUUUGUUAGAGCUCACAACUUCUAUUGGCAAUGCCACUAAGCUUACAAUCUGCACACUUAAUGGCUGCUGGCGUUUGAAGGAGCUCCCCUCUUCUAUUGGUAGUUUAAUCAAUCUCAAGGAAUUAGACCUUUGGGAUUUGAAAUCACUCAGUGUUUUCUCGGUUUUGGAAAAUCUCACUGGUUGCUCGAGUUUGAAAGAGCUCAAUCUGACCAAUACUGCGAUAGAGAAAGUGCCAUCAUCAAUGAGCACUUGGUCUUGUCUUUAUAAAUUGAGUAUGUUUGGGUGUAGCAACCUCAAAUACUUCCCAAAUGUUCCUGACAGCAUUGUAGAGUUGAGUUUGUGCAAUACAGAGAUAGAGUAUGUUCCUGGAUGGAUUGAGAAGCUAUUUCGUCUGCGUAAACUAGUUAUGAAUGGAUGCAAGAAGCUCAAAAAGAUAUCUCCAAACAUUUCUAAGUUGGAGAAUCUCGAGUUUCUUUCUCUGUUUAGCGAUGGUUAUUCUGCGUUUGAGGAUGAAACAUAUAAGAAUGGUAGCUUUUUGGAAAUAGUUAUUGACUGGGAGGAUGAUUUGAAGCGCAGUUGGAAAUUACGAUCAGACUUCGACUACGUUCCCUACAUUUUGCCGAUAUGUCUACCCAAGAAGGCGCUUACAUCUCCAGUAUCAAUAUGUUUAAGCAACGCUCGUUUCGAGACCAUUCCAGAUUGCAUCAGAAGUCUCUCCAGACUAAGUAAGCUUGACAUCAGCUAUUGUCGUGAGCUCGUAGCACUUCCACCGCUUCCAGGUUCCCUUCAAUCUAUAAAUGCACAAGGUUGUGAAUCCUUGAAGAGAAUAGACUCUGCUUUUCAAAAUCCAAAUAUUUGCCUAAACUUUUCUCACUGCUCCUACCUGAAUCAAAAAGCAAGAAAGCUCAUACGGACAUCAGCUUGCAAAUAUGCGCUCUUACCGGGUAGAAAAGUGCAUGCACACUUCAAUCACCGAGCUACUUCAUCUUGCCUAACGAUCAAUUUGACUCCAACACCUCUGCCUUCAUCCUUCAGAUUCAAAGCUUGCAUCUUGCUGUCACUAGGCAAAAAUGAUCUCAGGGAUCGCCUUGGUAAUGUGAUUAAGGAUUCAUUGAUGGGUGUCUCUUUCCGCGUCCGGAAUAAACAGAGUGGCCUCACAGUCGGAAGUGGGUCAACCCAGCUCCAUAUGCCGGCUCUAUAUGGACAUAGAGAGCAUUUGUAUAUAUUUGAAGAUUCUUUCUCUCUAAACCAGGAUUGCCCUGAUGCUGAUGAAGCCACUUCCAUCGAGCUUUCUUUUGUGUUCACAGUCCCUGAUCAAACGAGGAAGGUCAAAGGCUGCGGCGUACGACUUUUACAGGUCCUUCAUUGUGUUCUUGACGGAGAUGAUGAUGAUGGUGAUGAUGAUGAUGAUGACUAUGAUCCUUAUGGUGAUGGUGAUUAUGAUAGUGUUGAUGACGAUGAAUUGUAUUAUUGACAUGAAGAAAUGAGGAGAGAAUCCAUAGGAACAAAGGAGAUGAUGGUGGUCAUGAAGAGAGAAGAUCAGAUCGAGAAUCCACAAUCAUCAUGUGGCAGCUGUGGGCUUGGUUAUGCAGGGAGCUCGUAGCACUUCCACAGCUUCCAGGCUCCCUUAUAUCUAUAUAUGCAGAAGAUUGUGUGUUCUUGGAGAGAAUAAACUCUUCUUUUCAGAAUCCAAAGAUUUGCCUAGACUUUUCUCGCUGCUACAACCUGAAUCAAGAAGCUAGAAAGCUCAUCCAGACAUCAGCUUGCAAAUUUGCGUUCUUUCCUGGUGAAAAAGUGCCUGCACACUUCACUCACCGAGCUAGAUCAGGGGUAAGCAGAAUGGACUCACUGUUCUAUAUGGAUCAAACCAUCUCCAUCAUAUGCCAGAUCUAUAUGGAUAUAAAUAUUCAGAGCAUCUGUAUAUAUUUGAGGAUUUUUUCUCUAUAAACCAGGAUUGCCCUGAAGCCGAAGAAACAACUUUCAGCGA